AGUGGGAAGAAUGUUCCUUACUUUGGUAGUCAGUGGGAAGAAUGUUCCUUGCAUUGGUGGUCAUUGGGAAGAAUGUUCCUUUCAUUGGAGUCAAUGGGAAGAAUGUUCCUUACAUUGGUAGUCAAUGGAAGAAUGUUCCUUACAUUGAUAGUCAGUGGGAAGAAUGUUCCUUACAUUGAUAGUCAGUGGGAAGAAUGUUCUUUACAUUGGUGGUCGGUGGGAAGAAUGUUCCUUGCAUUGGAGGUCAGUGGGAAGAAUGUUCCUUGCAUUGGUAGUCAGUGGGAAGAGUGUUUCUUACAUUGGUGGUCAGUGGGAAGAAUGUUCCUUGCAUUGGAGGUCAGUGGGAAGAAUGUUCCUUGCAUUGGUAGUUAAUAAGAAGAAUGCUCCUUGCAUUGGUGGACAUUGAGAAGAAUGUUCCUUACAUUGGAGGUCAGUGGGAAGAGUGUUUCUUACAUUGGUGGUCAGUGGGAAGAAUGUUCCUUGCAUUGGAGGUCAAUGGGAAGAAUGUUCCUUGCAUUGGAGGUCAAUGGGAAGAAUGUUCCUCGCAUUGGAG